AUGGGCAUCUUCAAGCCAAGGCAAGCGCCUGCUACGCCAGUUUCUGCUGAAGAUCUGCCGAUCACGCAGGCUGAACAGAAUAUCGCUAGGGACGUGGAGAAAGACGGUGUUUUGCAAAAUGAGGCCACUGGCCAAAAUGUGCGCGCCCAUGCUGAGAUGGAGAAGCGAGUCCAUGAGAAAGGACGACACGGCCUGAUGGCAAGGAGGAGCACCGUUGCGGCUGUCGAAACUGGUCAUGUCGUCCUGUCGAUGUCCGAAGAUGUCAUCAACACCAAGGACUGCACACUGACGAAUCUAGUUCUGCUAUCCUACCUCGAUCGGUCAAACAUUGGCAAUGCACGCAUAGCAGGAAUGGAAGAUGACCUCUCUUUGACUGGCGACCGCUAUGACUGGCUGUUGACCAUAUUCUACAUCUCCUACAUCAUCUUUCAGUUUCAGGGUUUUAUGUGGAAAUUACUGAAGCCACAUACGUGGGCAUGCCUCAUCACACUCGCUUGGGGCAUUAUUGCCACCUGUCAAGCAGCAACUCAAUCGUGGAGAGGCGAGAUGGCACUACGCUUCUUGCUAGGCGCUGCCGAGGCGGGCUUUGGUCCCAGCAUUCCGUACCUGCUCAGCUUCUUUUAUCUACGACACGAGCAUGGCUUCCGAAGUGGCAUCUUUCUGGCGGCCGCGCCGUUUGCCAGCAUGUUCGCCGGCGCCCUGGCUUAUGGCAUUACGAGCGGCCACUCCAAGCUCGCCAAUUGGAGGCUGCUCUUCCUUGUGGAAGGCAUUCCGACCAUUUUGGCAGCUCCGUUGGCAUGGUUUUUCCUUCCUGACAGUCCCACCAGUGCAAAGUUCUUAACAGAAGAAGAGAAGGAAGUGGCUCGAGCCAGGGUUAUCCGGCAACAUGGAGUUCAAGAGGAUGGACACAGGAUCAGCUUCAAGGAGAUUGGGCUGACUCUCGUGGACCCGAAAGCCUGGUUUACUGCGUUGAUGUACUUUUCGUGCAACGUCUCUUACUCGUCGCUCCCAGUCUUUCUACCUACCAUUCUAAACCAGAUGGGCUUUUCAUCGAUCAAUGCUCAAGGACUUUCGGCACCGCCGUAUUUUGUGUCGACUAUUGUGACGAUCAUCAGCUGUUAUAUUGCCGAUCGAACGCAGCAACGUGGAUUGAUGAUUGCCUUCCUGAGUAUUGUAGGAGGUAUUGGAUAUAUCCUGCUCGCGACGUGCAGGCCGGUGGCUCCGAGAUAUUUUGGCACAUUUCUGUGUGCGAGUGGUGUGUUCCCUGCGAUCGCAAACAUUUUGCCGUGGGUGGUCAAUAACCAAGGAAGCGAUAGCCGAAGAGGCAUGGGUAUCAUCUUGCUCAAUCUUGUCGGUCAAUGCGGACCACUUCUAGGAACGAGGAGUUUCCCCAAAAGUCAGGCUCCACGAUAUGUGGAAGGACAAAGCAUCUGUGCGGCUUUUAUGUUCUUCAAUGCUCUCCUAGCUCUCAGUCUGAGAACCUUGCUGGUUUGGGAAAAUAAGAAGCUCGACAAGAGACAUGGCAAAGUGGACGAACAACAGACAGCCAGCGCCCAUACCGGUGAAGCUGAACCGAACGCCGGCCAGGAAAAUUACGGACGUGGAUUCAGAUAUAUCCUCUAGUGAGGGCAUCUGACUAUAUUGAGUAUCGCUACGGUGGAGAAAUCUGUCCAUUUCGAGUCUUGGGUCUGGUUCAAAAAUUCCCCUAGUCGACAUUUACUGCCGCAACAGAGCCUAUGUCGUAGACCUGGAGUUCAACCACCAUGUCCACGACGGCGUUUCCGGCCACUGGAUCUUGGAAGAGCGAUGAUCGUUCGGAUAAAACGAAUACUGAUCGGAUAUGUUGGGCUAUUUGUCGCAAUGAGAAUUAGC